AUGCAGCUCACAUCUCUCACGUCGGUCGUGCUGGCUUCUUGGGCAUUCCAGCAAGUCGCUGCUCUUCCCGAGAUCCAAGAGAACACCAACAUUAUCACUGUUGCCCAGAGCGUUCAGGAGAAGCACCCCGAAGCAUUCGCUGCGUUCCAGAAGUCGAACCUGAUUAACCUCGUAGCGACCAACGAGAAGCGGCAAGCAGUUCCUGGAGAUGGAAAUCCCGACCCCAACCGCCCGCCCGUGAUUCCUGAGAACAUCUUCCUCCUCCAAUGCUCUGAGGCCGGGUUCCUCGGCGAGUGCCUCUCGUGGGGUGCUCCUCCCGGACGAUGCGCCUCAAUUGCUGAUGCAGAAUCCCAUCUAGUCAACUACUCCAGCUUCAACAAGACCCAGGCUUUCCUUGACAAGUACGAGAAUCAGACUACUUCUUUGAGCUCAAACACCGGCGGACUUUGCCAGUUCUACAAGUUCAUCAACUGCAACAACAAGGGUGAUGACCGUGGUGUUUCGCUUAGCUACAACUACAACCUCGCUGUGGCAGAUGACCAGGGCUACUCGGGAGACUAUGACAACCAGAUCAGCUCUUGGAGAUGUUGA